UAGUCUAUUUAUAGCCAACCACAUGACCUGACGUGUUGUGUUUACUGUUAGACAGGACAGAUUUUGAGAACGGGGCAUAGUUUUUUUUUCCGGAUAUAACCCCGCCACUGGAUAAGGAGGGUAACUUUGCGGAAUCGCAAUGUUUAGAUUCAUAAGCGCAAUAAGGAAUGGAUCUGCUGUUGAAGAAAUCGAGCGAUGGCGAGUGAAGAGCGACACGGAUAUGUUGGACGGGGGAGGGGACAUAUUGUAUCCUCCCUUGGAAGCGCUUCGCUUUGCAGUAAUGUACAGUCAUCUGGAUUAUGCACGCCACAUUCUUCGGACAUUUGGUGAGGAGGUUCUAAGAGUGAGUCUGUGUUGCCCGCUUCUAUUAUUAUCUGUCAGACUUAACGACGAGGCAAUGCUGAAAUUACUUUGCGAGGAAAGCCGGUUAAUCGGUGGCAAGGUGAACAUAAAUUAUGUAAAUUCAAGAGGUUGUGACCUAAUGGAGAACGGGAAGACAGCGCUACACACUGCCGCCGAGCUGGGAUACGUGAACUGUACGAAGGUGUUAUUACAACAUGGAGCGAACCCCACCUUGAAAGAUUCCACUCGCAUGACACCUUUGGAGAAAUCGUGCAGAAAAUACCGAGCAACGCUGAACAACCUAAGGUGUUGUGUUGAGCUACUCAAGUGUGAAAAACAGGUUCAGAACGAGUUGCUUCCCUUAUUAAUAACUCUUCACGACCGAGUUCAUGUUGACGGUGUUUGUGACGUGUGCAAAUUUGUGCCGACUUCUGUUCAGCCGAGCAGCUUAGAACACCUCAGCAAAUGUAGCAUACGUAUGACUCUUGGAAUACACCUUCCCCAAAUAGUUAAAACAUUACCGCUGCCAUUUAUUGUUCGCAAGUCCAUAUCGUUCCAGGACAACGAGGACGGUACAUAGCAUCAUGGACACUUAAAACGAUUUAGGGCCCAUGAUAGUGUGUAUGUGAUAAGGUUUAGUGACUGGGUUAAUAACAUGGUUGUACGUGUGAGGUCACGGUGACAAUACUGUAUUAAUACAUGUCAGUGGGAAGUAUUGUACAUAUCACCUAGUGUAUUUAUAGGUCAAGAGCGUCUAGGUCGUGUUUAUGUUUGUGUGUUUAGUGUAUGAGUAUUAAUUUAUUUAUCUUCUUUAAUAUAUUUGCCAUGGCAUAUAUUUACCACAUAUAUGCAAAAUGUCCUUUAUUGACGUGUAGGGACCCGUGUCCACGAACACAUGAAUAGUCCCACAACUAUGCACAUUGACACUGCAACCGUCUGCUGUCAUUUUUAAAAAUAUAUCUCAACGUUUGCACUUUACGGGUCUGUGUAUUGUGUCUGAUGUGUUUAACCAUGAAAUUUAAUUUUUAUUUUUAAGACACCCCUCCCUCUACAUAGCUCAAAGAUACAGAUUGUCAAAUUAGUUGUAACGUUAUGGUAGAAUGAAUAUCUGUAAUUGUCAUCUGAUAUUUAUUUUGUUAUUCGUAAUCAUGGAGUAAAUUAUAGAAUGAGAUUCGUGUUUAAUUUAUUAAAUCAAAAUCACGAGAUCUUGUUAUUAUCUGUUACUAAUUUUAUUAUUAUUAUUAUUCUAAUUUAUGCGGCUGUGUACAAGCUUGUAACAUUUUUAUCUGGGUGAAUGCUUGAAUGUUUGUUGUUGUUAAUUGGGAAUGAAUUCUGCUUUCUUAUAGAGAUACACAAUAUAUACAUGAAUAAAACAAUACUAUCAUA